AUGACCGGGCAGCCGUCCUCUUCCUACCCCGGCCAGGUCCCGCCGCCAGCCGCCGUGGUUUCGCCGGAAAACGAAGAGAAAAGCUCCGGUUUUGACAGAAAAUUCGCCGGCUUCGUUCUCCGUCGUCCGGCCGCCAUUUUUGGCGAUCAAGUUAGGGUUCGGCCGGAUUUCGGGAUGAGAUUCCGGCCACUUCCGGUCAGUUUUUGGGGUACGUCCAAGAACAAAAGUGACUCCAAAUUAGGUGUAUUACCUAGGGUAGGAGUCUGGGCUCACGAUUUGGAAGUUUUCCGGCGAUGGGUGUGCUCGGAUCUCAAUUUGGAUAUUGUUAGAGUCCCGAACGGAUAUCGCAUAUCGCGUGUUUUCCAGGAUUCGACGGAUCGUAAAACGGAGUCCCGGAUACUCCGGAAAUGCCAACCCUGGGAUUUAAGGAGUGAACCCGGCAUGGGUGUGAUGCUGGGGUCUCCGCAGGGUUCGUCUCGGGUUCCGGGAAAUUCGGGACGGGUCCUGUCAGCUUGGUAUCAGAGCUUAGAGGAAGUUGAUGGACAAGUUACAAGGGAAUGGAGGAGUUGUAAGUCUGACCAAGGAGGCUCGUGUGUGGUGGGAAUACCACGAGCAAAUCCAAGGAUGAGACCUAGAUGGAUUGGUAAACCUACCGUGGAGAUGAAGAGAUUGCUUUGGGGUCUCAUCUCAUGUGAACACGUUUGA